UUGUCUCUCUGAGUUCCAAUUCUAACACCUGAUUCCUAGCCCCUACCAGAGUUCUGGUUCCGGAAGGCCCUCGCCGGUAGGCCGGGGGCCUGGCUCCCACCUGGCACAAGGCAGGGCUGAAGACAUGGGCAGGAGCCUCCCCACUUGCCUGCAGCAUCUGAACUUCCGAAAAAGUCUAGUGGGCCUGGCCACGGGUGCUGGAGCCCUGUACCUGCUCUACAAGGCCAUCAAGGCUGGUAUAAAAUGUCAACCGCCCCUCUGCACCAACUCACCCAUCUGCAUCGCCCGCCUGGCAAUCGAGCGAGAGCGCCAUGGGCGGGACUCGGGUGAGCUCCGGAGACUCCUCAACUGUUUGGAGUGUAAGCAGGACGACUACGCCAAGAGCAUGAUUCUGCACAGCAUCACCCGCUGCGUGUACUUGCUCGAGGCUGAGGCCUCUGCUUGUACGACGGAUGACAUCAUGUUGGUGGGUGACAUGCUGGACGAAAAGGACAACAAUGUCAAGAUCCAGGCUCUGAAUGCACUUAAAGCUUUCUCGGGCAUCAGGAAAUUCAGGCUCAAAAUUCAGGAACAUUCCAUCAAGGUGCUGGAACUGAUCUCCACCAUCUGGGACACGGAUCUGCACGUCGCAGGCCUCCGGCUCCUCAACAACCUUCCGCUGCCUGACUAUGUGCAUCCUCAGCUGCGGCGGGUGAUGCCCGCCCUGAUGGAGAUCAUGCAGUCCGACUACAUCGUGGCUCAGGUGCAAGCCCUGCGGCUACUGAGCUACCUAGCGCAGAAGAAUGACCUUCUCUAUGACAUUCUCAACUGCCAGGUACACUGCAAUUUCCUGAACAUGUUCCAGUCCACACAACCACCAAGUCUGCUUUUCGAGAUACUGGUGUUUGCAGAGCGGCUGAGUGAAGGUCAGAACGUACCCCACUAUCGAGCUGUGAAAUGGCAUUACAACGAACAGUCCCUACACGAAGCCUUGUUUGGGGAUGAGUCCCGAUUGGCAGACCGGCUGCUUGCGCUGGUCAUCCACCCUGAAGAGGAGGUUCAGAUCCAGGCCUGCAAGGUCAUUGUCAGCCUUCAGUGUCCCCAGGACUUGGUAUCCCGGCGCUCCUCUUGCCAACCUAGCCAUUCCUACUUUAGAACUGGGGAAUAGAAUUAAAAGAGAAACCAAUAAAUGAGUAUGGGAUAGA